AUGGAGGACUACAGUGGUAACAGAAUGGAUUACCAAAAUCAAUAUCAAGAUGCGUAUGAGGUGUCGCACCCUUUAGGCAAGGGUGACGGGCACGAUAGCAAUGGACACGCCCACAGCGCCGACACGCAGAACAUCUCGCGUUCUGCCAGUGCACAGGGCGGGGACUCAGGCGACAGACCACGAACAAAAAGAACGAGGGCCACGGGGGAGGCUCUCAAUGUGCUGAAGCGGGAAUUCGACGAUAAUCCAAACCCCAACGCGCAGAAUCGCAAACGAAUCUCGGAACUGACCGGCUUACCAGAGAAGAACGUGCGGAUCUGGUUCCAAAACAGACGUGCUAAGCACCGGAAGUCGGACCGUGGGAUUGGUGGUGGUGGCUCGGCCACUGUGGGCCACCACAAUGGUGGUGGCAAGAACAGCAUCUCAGGAUCGACUACUGCAACCGACAUGAACGCUGCGACUAACGCUGAGUAUCCCGCUGCCGAUUUUGACCGGAUUCCAUUAGAGGUGAACCCAAGCUAUUCUUUUCUGGAUGUCAAGUCGCUCACAGUGGGCACUUGGAAGCGUCUAAAAAGCGGGAAUUUGAAGAAAGAGGAGCUUCCAACAAUCAAGAGCUUAUCAAACCUGUCCCCUUUUUCCAUUAAUGAAAUUAUGGCGAAUGCAACUGAUUUAAUGGUUUUAAUCUCGAAGAAGAAUCAAGAGAUAAACUACUUCUUCAGUGCAAUCGCAAAUAAUACGAAGAUCUUAUUUCGGAUUUUCUUCCCCAUCAGCACAGUUGUGGGCUGUUCAGUCACGACUAGCUCCGAAGAGCUACCGGCUUAUGAUGAGGAUGAGGAGGACGAAUCCAAUGCCAAGGAUGAAGUACGAGAAAACGAAAAACUAUUCGAACUUCGGCUGAGUGUCACCAAAUCACCAACCUUUGCUGUUUACUUCUCAGACGGUGUGGACCAGUACUCUUCAAACCAAUGGUCUAUUUGCGAAGACUUUUCGGAGGGCAGGCAAGUGAGCGAGGCUUUUAUCGGUGGAUCCAACAUACCUCAUAUUAUCGUUGGCCUAGAGGAAUCCUUAAACUUUAUGAAUGCUACGAUACACGAAUAUAACGGUGGAGAUCGUGAAAUGUCCCACAGAUCACAAGACCCUUUAAAUGCUUCAGAUUCCCAACCGUUGAUACUUCACCCUGAACCUCAAGCGAUGGGCCAACAACAGCAGCCUUUUUUCGAUGAAUUCAACGACCAAGACGGAAUCUACGGUAUGAAUGAGCAGAACAACUCACAAUACGUGUCUUCGUCUGCUGCUCAACAGCACACGUAUACCCAACACCCCCCUGCUUCUACUGAAAAUGAACACGUACCGUCCCAAUUUACCGAUUCGAAUGUGCCCAAAACCCCCGACUUUCUGAAGUCUGAAAUGGGAAAUGAGGAGCAGAGUGGGCUCAACAAUUUGCUGAUUUUUGACGAUCAGAAUAACGCAAACCAAAAAAAUGUUCAGAACUACUUUUGA